UUGUAUCGACGUAAGCGUUUUCUCGGACUCUCGACACAGGGCUAAAGAGUCCAUAAUUUGGGCCAAUUUAGCCCAUGAUAUGGCCAAAGUGGCUAUACUUCGAUCCACUAUGUCCAGCCAGCCCUACAUGGUACUAGUAGAUCUAGGCCAUGUUGGGGCAAUGACAUCGCAAGACUACUGAGAUUGGCGAUUCCCAACGGCAUGGGCACAUAUCGCAUUCGCGAACGGUCACCAGUCUACAAGGGUAGCGAGUGGUGAAGGAUUACAUAUUGUAGUUCAAAGCCCUGAAGAUCGGGGCAGACUCCCGCAAAGCGUGUAAUCCGCAACCAUACACCGUAUUGACGCAUCCGCGGAACCUCGCGAUGACGCAGUUAGCUUGGGUAUGAUAGUGCUCGGAUUCAACUGGCCGGCUCCCUCAUAAAUGGGCGGUCAACCUCAGGCGAAUGCGAAUGUGCCGGUCCCAUCCUUUCCACUUUGCAUUCGAGGAUCGAAAACGACAGCGCAUUGAGUACAGCGCUUGCUUCCGCUUACCACCUCGUCGUCUGAACGCAGCACGACCAUGGACUCAUCGACUUUUCGGGCGGCAGGGCAUCGUGCCAUAGAGUACAUCGCCGAUUACUAUGAGCAGCUGGCCUCAGGACCAGUUCGAUCCGAUGUUACUCCAGGGUUCCUUCUAUCCAAGCUACCAAGCGAGGCGCCUGAGAAGUCCGAAGCAUGGUCUGCAAUCGAGUCAGACCUCCAUCAUCUCAUUGAGCCGGGUCUCGGCCAUUGGAUGCAUCCAGGCUUCAUGGCUUACUUUCCAGCUUCGUCCAGCUUUGAGGGCAUUCUUGGCGAAUUGUACAGUGCGGCUUUCAACAACCCGGCUUUUGACUGGAUUUGUUCACCAUCCAUCACAGAACUGGAGUUGGCGAUGGGAGUCUGGGUUGGCGAGCUACUGGGUCUGCCACCGAGCUUCCGGGGGCAUGCCAGCAGUGUGAUUCAAAGUACCACGACGGAGUGCCUCAUCACGACGAUGUGCGCCGCUCGAGAGCGGAUGGUCAAUGCGAUAGUGGCAGAGGGAGAUUAUGAAACAGAGAGAUUGAGGUCAGAUGACGUCCGCAAUCGACUAGUGGUCCUCUCGAGCUCCGAGACACAUGUGUCCACGCGAAAGGCCGCCAAGGUGGUCGGAGUGCAGCACCGUUCUAUUCCAUGCGAUCCAUCAGAUGGCAUCGCCUUGAGUGGAACUCAGUUGCAGACCGCCGUGGAUGAGUGCCUGGCGGAAGGGAUGAUACCUUUCUAUUUUACUGCGGCUUUUGGCACCACCAAUUCGUGUGCUGUGGACGAUUUUCCAGGCAUCGCUCGAGUCAAAGAGAAGCAUCCCGAGAUCUGGAUCCAUGUCGAUGCCGCAUAUGCCGGUGCCGCUUUGGCUUGCGAGGAAUUUCGCCCUCUUGCCAGUGGUAUGGACCAGUUCGACAGCUUCAGCGUGAACAUGGGAAAGUGGCUCCUCACGAACUUGGAUUGCACGAUGCUGUUUGCACGCAACCGCUCCGAUAUCGUAUGCUCGAUGAAGAACGACUGCUCCAUUUUGCAAAAUCCCGUCUCGACAUCACAAAAGACCACCGACUAUCGAGACUUGCAGCUAUCCAUGGGUCGACGCUUUCGGUCGUUGAAGGUCUGGUUUGUCCUCCGAUCCUUUGGCAAACAACGAAUCCAACACCAUAUCCGUCGACAUGUUGAAAUGGCGUCGCACUUUACCGACUGGGUGCGUCAGCGACCCGACCUUUUCGCACUCACCACCGAGCCUCGAUUUGCGCUCAACGUGAUUCGCGUCUCGGAUGCGGCUGCCAGCAGAAUGGGCACCGAUUCUUCCUCGGCGACUGCAAAGCUGUAUGAUGUGAUCAGCCAAAGCCGGCGAUUCUGGCUGUCCAAGACCACCAUCAACGGAUGUGUAUCGAUCCGCAUUAUCGCCGCCAACAGCAAUUCGGACUUGGACACUCUGCGACACGUGUUCGAGGUUCUAUCGGAAGGAACUCAAUCUUUGCUCGAUCAGAGUGCGAUCCGAAGCGACGGCGAAGACGACGGAAAGCGGUGCACACCUCAAUGA